GGACUGUCAGGGAGCUACGAAUUCUCGCAAUCCAAUGGCUAGAACAGCGCCUCGAUCGGUUCCUGAAUCCGACGUCGUGACCGACAACCUUGUCCGUGUCCCACCCAGCUGCAAGCCAGAGAGACGCGGCGGCGUCACAUGCAACAUCCGGCUCCAGUCCGCGGCACCUGAACCCCUCAAAAACCCUCGCGUCGCUCGCUGCCGCCCGUGCGCACGCCCCUCAUUUCCCGCGCUCACUAGCAGCAAGAUCGCCAUCGCCGGCUCGCCGCCGCGCCAUGGGCAAGCCGAAGCAGCAAGUCCUCUCCCGCUUCUUCUCCCCCAAGCCCGCGCCCUCCUCCGCCGCCCCCGACCCGCCGCCGCCGCCCAACCCCAAACCCUCCGCCGCGCAUCCGCCCGUCUCCACCGUCGCCUCCUUCUCCCCAGCCAAGCGCGCGCGGGCCCUCUCCCUCUCCCCCAAAUCCCUCGCCGCCAAACGGCCCAAUCCCACCCCUCCCUCCCGUGAUGCCGUCCGCCGCAGGCUCCUCGAGCCGCUCCACCCGGCGCCGCCGCCGCGCCCCCUGAACCCUACCGGCGGCAAGGGCUACACGCCGCUGGAGCAGCAGGUCGUCGACCUCAAGGCCCGCCACCCCGACGUCCUCCUCAUGGUCGAGGUCGGCUACCGCUUCCGCUUCUUCGGCGAGGACGCCGCCGUUGCCGCCGCGGUGCUCGGCAUCGUCGCCCACCCCGACCGCAGCUUUCUCACCGCCAGCGUCCCCACCUUCCGCCUCGGCUUCCACGUCCGCCGCCUCGUCGCCGCGGGCCACAAGGUCGGGGUCGUGCGCCAGACCGAGACCGCCGCCAUCAAGGCCGCCGCCGCGGCGCAGAAGGGCGGGGGCGCGGCGGGCGCGCCGUUCGCGCGCGGGCUGUCCGCUGUGUACACGCGCGCCACGAUCGAGGCCGCGGCAGGCGAGCUGGAGGGUGGUGGCGCCGCGCCCGAGGAGGGGAGCAGGUACCUCGUCUGCGUCGUGGAUAAGGAGGUGGAGGCGACGGGGAGGGAGGGGUUCGAUGUGAAGGUUGGGGUUGUGGCGAUCGAGGUGUCCACCGGCGAGGUCGUGCACGGGGAGUUCAUGGACACCACCUCCAGGAGUGGGCUCGAAGCUGUGCUGCUUGGAUUGGCGCCCGUCGAGGUCAUCCUUGGGACGCCACUCACGUUCGCCACAGAAAAGGUGAUGAUGGCAUAUGCGGGACCGACCUCUAAUGUGCGGGUUGAGCGUGCAUCAUGUGUUUGUUUUGGCGAGGGUGGUGCUUUGGCUGAACUGAUGUUUUUGUUUGAGAAGUCUGUUGACAAUGCUUCUAGGGUUGAAGAUGACAGACAACCGAUGGAAACAAAUGAUGAUGACAACAAUCUUCGUGGGAUUGAGGGUCUCAUGGCUAUGACAGAGCUAGUCGUUCAAGCAUUAGCAUUAUCAGUUCGGUAUCUCAAGGUUUUUGGCAUGGAAAGGAUAAUAUGCUUUGGUUCUUCGUUCCGGCCAUUUUCUGCAGAUACUGAAAUGUCCUUAUCAGCAAAUACUCUUCAACAACUUGAGGUAUUGAAGAACAACUCAGAUGGCACAAUAGAAGGGUCUCUGUUCCAAACUAUGAACAAUACCUGCACAGCUUUUGGGUCUAGAUUGUUUAGAAACUGGUUGACACACCCUUUAAGCGAUCGACAUCCAAUCUGUGCUCGUCAUGAUGCGGUAUCUGAGAUUUCUGAGUCAAUGGGAUCACGGCACUCAAUUAACAAUCUACAGGACAGAGGGGAUGGGUCUUGCACAGCUUUGGCGCGUAGCGAUUUGAGUACUAUCCUUUCAUCUGUUUUAGAAAUGCUGGGAAAAUCACUUGACAUUCAAAGAGGAAUAACAAGGAUUUUUCAUUGCAAAGCCACAGCUAAAGAGUUUGUUGGUGUUAUCCAGUCUAUCCUCACAGCUGGAAAGCAGCUGCAGAAGCUUUUCCUUGAGGAUAUUGACACUGUCUCCUCUCAUCAUAAACCUGUGCACUCCUCUUUGCUGAGAAGGCUAAUAAGUACAGCUUCAUCAUCCACCGUACUAAAUAAUGCAGUGAAACUUCUGUCUUGUCUUAACCAAGAUGCGGCUGAUCAAGGAGAUAUGCUAAACCUAUUCAUUGCAUCUGUAGAUCACUUCCCAGAGGUUGCAGAAGGUCAUGUAAAUGUAGAAAUGGCCCAACAUAAACUGGACUUAUUGAUUGUUGAGUACCGGAAGCAACUUGGUAUGCGCAACUUGGAGUUUAAAACUGUAGCUGGAUCGACCAAUUUGAUCGAACUACCAGUGGAUAGAAGGGUGCCCUCAAAUUGGAUAAAAAUAAAUAGCACAAAAAAGACCAUCAGAUACCACACCCCUGAAAUAUUGAAGAACCUGGACAACCUUUUGCUGGCUAAGGAGGAACUAGCAGUUAUCUGCAGGUCUUCGUGGCAUAAAUUCCUCACAGAUUUCAGCAAGUAUUAUGCGCAGUUUCAAGCAGUUGUUGAGUCUCUUGCAGCUCUCGACUGCCUAUAUUCACUCGCUGUUCUUGCAAAGCAGAAUAAUUAUGUGCGACCUAUUUUUGUCCAUGAGAGUGCAUCAAGUCAGAUUCACAUAAAAAAUGGACGCCAUCCGGUUCUGGAAUCUUUGCUUGGAGACAACUUUGUUCCAAAUGACACAGAGCUUCACGCAGAUGGUGAGUACUGCCAGAUCGUUACAGGACCAAACAUGGGAGGAAAGAGUUGCUAUAUUCGCCAAGUCGCACUAAUUACCAUGAUGGCCCAGGUUGGUUCCUUUGUACCAGCUUCAUCAGCUAUGUUACAUGUUGUUGAUGGAAUUUAUACCCGGAUGGGUGCGUCUGACAGUAUUCAACAAGGAACAAGUACCUUCCAUGAAGAGAUGAAUGAAGCUUCCAACAUAUUGCAUAACUGCUCAUCUCGAUCUCUAGUGAUCAUCGAUGAGCUUGGUCGUGGCACAAGCACACAUGACGGCGUUGCUAUUGCUUAUGCUACUUUACACUAUCUUAUCAAAGAGAAAAAAUGUAUUACCAUUUUUGUCACUCACUAUCCAAGGAUUCUCGACAUUCAGAGAGAAUUUGAAGGUUGUGUUGGGGCAUACCAUGUUUCAUAUCUGGUAACAAAAAAGCUUCUGGAAAUUACUGAUAAACCAUUGGAGACUAGUCCAGUGUCAAAGGAUCUUGGAGAAAUUACUUUCCUGUACAAGCUUGUUGCUGGAGCUUCAGAUAGAAGCUUUGGUCUUAAUGUUGCCCUGCUUGCCCAGCUUCCAUCUAGGUGUAUUAAGAGGGCAUCGGUCAUGGCAGCCAAACUACAGGAAGAGUUAAGCAUGCGUGAGGAGAACAAACUUUGGAGGACAACGGAUGCAGCAACGGUGGAUGGACCAUCAGAAAGUUCCACAAUAGUUGGUUUGCUUUGUGCACAGCCUUACCAAGGAUUAGCAGAAGCAUGUCGCAGGGUACUGCUGAACAUGACUUUGGCUCAAAGCUAUAAUGAUGUAACAAACACACUACCUUCUUUGAAGAAUGCACGGGAAUUUGCAAAGAAGACGAUAGAAGGCUUCCUCAUGUGAAGCAGUGGCUCAUUUGAGAAUUUGAGUUAUUCUUCCUAAAUGUGAAGGGAACUUAUCAGGGACAUACUCUGUGGAGCAAUAUCAUGUUGACAGCUGUAGAAUACAGCACUUGAUGUACAUUUUGCACAGCAUUUUCUCUGGAGCUAACUAUAUGAGGAUGCAGGUAGCGUGUACCUUCCUACUUAGGAUCCAUAACGCCGAAGAAGCAUUUUGCUGGAGCGGUUUUUGGAACUGCUGCUCUGUCAGGUUAGCGUGCUAACCAUUUUGGCCACGAGACUUAAUGGCAGCGGUACAUUGUUAGAGGGCUCUGAUCUUUGCUGGUGGCUUAAGAGAUGGUAGACGAAGAACUUCGAGUUUAGACCAGCCAUAAUAUUAACCUUUGCGAUACUGUAUGAUAUUGUAAGUAUGCAGCCGUAUAUUCCGUCUCUGUAUCUGGAACACCUUUUGGUGAUGUAAAGUGCAGAAAAGAUAUGCAUUUCUUUACCUGUCUUGUAUUCUCUACCC